UCACAGGGACAAAGAACGGCUGCAAUCAAGGAGGAUGUGGAUCCUGUACAGUGAUGAUGUCGUGGUGGCACAAAACGGAACAACAACUCAAGUAUCCUUUAAGAGAUAGCUGACUGAAGUUUAUGUAGUUGGUUAAAUAUUGAAAUAUCAUAAUCUCGAACGAAAACAUCAACAAUCGAUAUUGUAUUAAAUCGCCUUACAGUAGUUUAAAAAUGAACGUGAACACUUAUUCUUUUUUCAUAUACUAAACCAUAAGUUUAGCAUACGCUUUAGCGACUAUUUCAUAAUACUUUGGAGAUGUUUCAAAUUAAAUUACAAGGACAUUGUAAACGUACUUAUAGAGCUUGUUUCCGAGUCGUCGUUGUUAAUGUUUUUGUAUAUAACAUCAGUUUUGAAUUAUUAGAAAUAAAUAAAGUUUAAACUAAAAUUUAUAUCCAUUAUGUACAUUGCAUUAUACUCAUACGAUAGCAUUCGAUAUACAUUAAAAUCAUUAUAGCGGCCUUUGUUCAUAAAUUAUGUAGUGACACAAAUAGGUAAUACGUUCUUAAUUUCUAUUUAGCGAAUACUAACUUGGUCGGUAAUUUUAGUUCGAUAUCAAUGAUGUAAUGUGUCGAAAAGAGGUAAUUUAUAUUAGCUAUUACAUCAGUUGAAUCGUUUACUUUGUAAAACAUUGGGUUAAUAGUUCUCAGCUUACUUUAAUUUCCGUAAAGACGAAAUACAUUUAGCUCAACAUGUAUUCUAAGUACUAUUAAUGAUUAUAAUAAUCAAUACUUUUGACACACUAGUUAAAUUAUUGAUCUGUCUUUACAACUUACGAGACACUCCAGUGUAAAUGCCUGCCUCAUUUUGGUAUGCCAGCUCCAUGGUUACGCCAUAACGACGGUGGAAGGAGUUGGAAGCACAAGACAUGGACUCAGCAAAGUACAGACAUUUUGAUGUAGACAUCUUUUGAGAACUUUGGAGAACUGAAAAAUUAAACACUUCGUUUUUAUCAUAAGGAAAUUCACUGCGACACGCUUGAUUGAAUCGUUCGGUAUUCAGUGUGGCUUCUGUACUCCUGGAAUGGUGAUGACUAUGCAUACUCUGCUGCAGAAUGACAACAAUCCAUCUGAACAGUCCCUGGAGAAAGUCCUAGAAGGAAAUCUCUGUCGUUGUACCGGAUACAGACCGAUAGUUGAUGCAUUUAGAACUUUUUGCAAAAAGGACUGCUCAAAUCGGGAAGAAUGUGCCGGUGGAGACAUUGAGGACAUCUGUCGUGAUGACACUGAUAGGAACAAGACACCCCAGGGCAGCAGUAACUAUAAAGGCGGUGAACAGUUGCAAUUUCCAAACGAACUCCAGAAUGAAACCACAACAUGUCUGGAUUUUCGGAGUGGAGACUGGUGUUGGUUCAGACCGUUGACAUUGGGGGCGGUUCUUAGCCUAAUGGAUCAGCAUUCGGACUUCCACAUCAUAAUGGGGGCGACCAAUCUAGGUGAACAAAUAAAAACAAAGGUAAUCACUCACGGCACAUUGAUAUCGUGCACGCAUGUAGAGGAAAUGAUGGUAUUUGAGCAAACAGACGACUGUCUCACGAUUGGUGCCGCUCUUACACUUACGGAUAUUGCCGAGCGUCUGGAAGCAUGUACAUUGUCUCCAUCAGGGCGUGGACUACGCGGUCACGUGAUUAGCGCUAUGCAGGACAGUCUUCGAUGGCUGGCCAAUCAGCAGAUUCGAAACCAAGCGACUCUCGGUGGUCACGUGACGAUAGGAGACCCUCGUUCUGAUCUCUGUGUUGUAUUAAUGGCGGCUGGAGCAACGGCUGUUGUUGCUUCAAAAGACGGUAGUAGAGAGAUAGAACUUGACAAUCAGUUCUUUAUCACGGAUGGGAUUAUAUCACUUGGUCGGACUGAUAUUUUGGUAUCUGUUAAAGUACCAAUUAAUCCUGUGAACACCUACGUUGCAUACUAUAAACAGCCAAGUGAAGGAUAUGCUGCUCUGAACGGCUGUUUCUAUGUCAGCAUUAGUGAGUCUGGCCACAUUGAUGACCUCAGUAUUUGUUUUGGAAGCGCGCUCAGCACCACCAGGAAACUUGUAACUGCCUCUUCACUGGCAAAGGGAAGAUGUCCGGAUAACAGUGCAUUAGCUUUGGUAUGUGAUGGGAUAGAGCGUGACUUCGAGCUUGAAUCAGGUGUCACUGUCAGCAAGUACAAACAGAAACUCGCCUGUAGUUUUAUGGUCAAGUUCUUGAGGGAAAUCCAAAUCAUGCUUAAACCUAACGAGAAACAGGAUGUAAAUGGUCUCAUGUGGACGCCAUGCGAAGGUCAACAAGUGUACCAGGCGCCAUCCCCAGGACAACCAGCGUACGACACUGUUGGAUGUCCUGUCCCUAUAGUUUCUAGUCCGGCGCUAGCAACCGGAGAGGCCAUGUUUCUGGACGAUAUGCCAAGAUUUGAAAAUGAAUUAUAUGUGCAGCCAGUUUUGAGUACCAGGGCUCACGCGCAGAUAACGUGUAUUGACAAAAUUGUUGCCAUGGCUACGCCGGGAGUUGUAGACUUCCUGGAUGCAUCAUCUGUACCAGGAGAGAACCUAUGGGGACUUUUCAUACAGGAUGAACCAUUGUUCGCUGAACAUGAGGUGUUCUGUGUCGGACAAAUAAUUUGCGCUAUUGUAGCUACAUCAGAGGAAGCUGCACAGAGAGCAGCUGACCUUGUUCGUGUCACGUAUGUGGAUCUACCAAGUAUACUAACAAUCGAGGAAGCUAUAGCAGCCGACUCUUACUUUGAGUACAACUCACAUCCGAUAGAGUGCGGAGACCCAGACAAACAUUUCCCACAUUGUGACUUUGUGGUAGAGGGCCUAGUACGAUCAGGAUUACAGGAACAUUUUUACCUAGAACCAAGUGGAGCACUUGUGGUACCGAAAAACGAGUCUGGAGAGAUGGAAAUAUUUACAACAUCACAAACACUCAGUUUCUGUCAGUCAUCUGCUUCGCGGAUUUUAGGAAUCCCGAUGAACAAAAUCAUCGUCAGACAGAAAAGACUUGGUGGUGGAUUUGGUGGACGAGAGUAUCGUACACCUUUAAUGUUCGGUCCAGCGGCAGUAGCAGCUCAUAGGUGGGGAAAGCCUGCACGGACAAUAAUGGAGAGAUCAGUUGAUUUCAAAACUACCGGAAAGCGCCACGAAUUCAUGUCAAAAUAUAAAGUGGGUUUUCGGCGUGAUGGGAUGUUGGAGGCUGUUUCUAUACAUUUCUACGUGAAUGCAGGGUACACUCUGGACGUAUCGUCUGCGAUUUUAGACACUGCCUGUUUUAAAGCAGACGCGGCCUACAAAACUCCUGUGUUUGCUGUAUAUGGCCACAUCUGUAAAACCAAUAUUCCCUCUAAUACCUCUAUGAGAUCGUUUGGCACGGUGGAAGCUGUCUUCGUUAUGGAAGCUAUUUUAUGUAAAGUAGCAGACACCCCUGGGCUCGACCAAGAACAUGUUCGAGAACUAAACAUGUACAAGGAAGGAAGCCUCACUCACUAUAAAAGGAAACUGGAAAACUGUAUGUUGCAACGUUGCUGGCGUGAGUGUAUGCUACAAAGCAAAUUUGGAGAAAGAAAGACGGCGGUUGACUUAUAUAACAGCCAGAACAAAUACACCAAGAGAGGUAUCGCCGUGAUACCCGUGAAGUUUGGCAUCGGGUAUCCUGUCCGUUUCUUAAACCAGGGAGCAGCGUUUGUGAACAUUUACCUUGACGGAUCUGUGAUGAUAGCUCAUGGUGGAGUGGAAAUGGGACAGGGACUGCACACGAAGAUGAUCCAGGUUGCGUCCCGUGCUCUAGACAUACCUAUGGAUAACAUCUACAUCAGUGAGACUGGCACAAAUACAUGCCCAAAUACAACCUCUACAUCAGCCAGUGUAUCGUCAGACCUACAAGGCGCAGCCGUUCUGGAUGCCUGCAGAAAGAUCAAUAAAAGGCUACGGCCAUUUCAGGAGAAGGAUCCCUCUGGACAAUGGACAUCAUGGAUCAAUAUGGCUUAUAUGGACAGAGUAAGCCUUUCCGCCACCGGUAUCGGCAGACCCGGUAAUCAGCAAUGGGACCACGUGAAGGGUGAGGGCAGUCCGUCCCACUACUACACUUAUGGGGCAGCUUGUACGGAGGUGGAAAUCGACUGCCUAACUGGGGCACACCAGGUGCUCCAAACCGACAUCGUAAUGGACAUAGGAGACAGUCUGAAUCCGGGAAUAGACGUGGGACAGAUUGAAGGUGGGUUUGUACAGGGAUACGGAUUGAUCACAAAGGAGGAAUUGAAAAUCUCACCCAAAGGUCAUAUACUAGCUAGCGGGCCAGUCGAUUACAAAAUACCGGGUGUACGGGACAUUCCACGUCAGAUGAAAGUAUAUAUACUCAAAGAUUGCCCUAACACUGGUACCGUGUAUUCUUCAAAGGGUGUAGGAGAACCGCCCCUUAAUCUGGCAAUAUCGGUUUACAUAGCACUGAGGGAAGCAAUCCGAGCCUGCCGAAUGGACGUUGGAAUCUCCAGUUCAUUCGAAGUUGAUAUCCCAUUAACAUCCGAGAAAAUCAGAAUGGCCUGUCCAGUUAAGAUUCCAACGAAUACGAAUCAAAUAUAAACUACCAGAACAAAACGAUUUUCAUUAAUAACGACAAUUAACUUUGUGGCUAAAAAAAAUCGAUCCCAAACAAAUCGUUACCCUGUUCUUUAAGCAGUACUGGGCUUGUGUUUUACACAUGUCGUUAGUAGUACGAUCAGAUGUAAUGAAAUAACAAUAACAAAGUAUCACCAGUGAUAGCAAGGACGAGCAUACGACUCGUACACGGCCAUUAUACACUGUGGAUGAACUAUAAAAUAACAUGUAUAGUGUACGGAUUUGUUCUAACUUUUCAAUUGAUCCAGUUCAUUAUCUUUGUAUGCUAUAGAAUGUGGAAAACGUUCAACAUUUAAGCAUUGAACUGUUACCAGAUGCAAUAUACAGUCGAUAUGAAUGCAAAUUGGGUGACGGAUAAAUAGAAUGUCGCCCGUUAGGGCGACAUGAAUUAACAGGCGACAUGAAUAUUUGUAUAUGUCACACAAAUUGCAUUCAUAUCGACUGUAUACUGCAUCUGGUAACAGUUCAAUGCUGCUUAUAUUUACAUUUAUAUAGUUUAUUUUGUAUAGAAACUGUGACGUCAGUAAGUUCUAAUCCCAGAACAGUCGAAUUUUCCAGAAGUAAUAAUAUAGUCCCUCUUGUCAUUUCAAACCACACGCACAUCAAAUGGUUUGAACACAAACUUAACUGUAUUACUUAUUUCAUAUGAGUGUGUAUAUGUUGAAAAAUUGUUAAUAAUU